AAUUCCAUAUUUCCGUGUCCGUGCUUCCUAACCAUAAAGCCUGCAGCCAUGAAAUUGAUUAAAACGUUUUCCAAUUUCUUCACUGGUAGCAAGUUUUAUUUUGAUUUCAUAGAAAAUUUUCAAUUUUGUGUAUGAAAUUAUAUAAUAUUUAUUUAUUUAUUUCUCUGUCAUGUUUUCACUUUUGAUAAAGGCCUUACCGCAGACAUGAAAACAGAGAUUAUACCUUCCCUGGUUGUUACUUGCUUCUUGGAAGCUGAUUACAUUAUGAUUUGAUUUGAAAUUGGUAAGGGACCGACUUUCAGUUCGGCUACAGCUGUGCAGUCUGCAGCCCGAACCUCUUCUUUACAAGUGUCAGAGCUUACGAGGCCAAAUGUACACAAUUCACCACCACACUCCAAAAACUCCGAUCGAAACCCUAAAAUGCCGAUACUGGUAAACACAAGCGUCGCUAACUCAACUCAACUCAACCUCCUGCUCUAACCGGAACAAGAAGGAGAAGAAGAGAUGGGGAAGCACUCGGCUGGGUGGUGGGUCCCGCUGCAGAAACGAUGGCUUCUGGCUCUGUUGAUUAUGCUUUCAAUCUCGACGGUGAUUGCCUUCUUUAUCAGAGGUGCCUUCGAUCCCUGCGAUCAUGACCUGGAACUUGCUGAGAAACGAGUUAACCCUGUUCCGAAAAUCUCUGCGAAACCUAGCCCCCUCAGUUUCAUGAAGUCUAGGCUUGUUCUCUUGGUUUCUCAUGAGCUAUCACUCUCUGGUGGUCCAUUGUUGCUGAUGGAACUAGCAUUUCUAUUAAGGGGUGUUGGUACUGAGGUGUAUUGGAUGACAAUCCAGAAGCCAUCUGAAGAAGAUGAGGUGAUAUACAGUUUGGAACAUAAGAUGUUGAAUCGAGGGGUACAGGUCAUAUCUGCAAAAGGUCAAGAAGCUGUAGGUAUGGCUCUUAAAGUAAAUUUGGUUGUUUUGAACACUGUUGUUGCUGGGAAGUGGCUGGAUGUUGUGCUGAAGGAAGCUGUUCCUCAUGUUCUUCCCAAGGUAUUGUGGUGGAUCCAUGAAAUGCGAGGGCAGUACUUCAAAUUGGAUUAUGUCAAACACCUUCCUUUUGUUGGUGGUGCAAUGAUUGCUUCGCAUGUUACAGCAGAAUACUGGAAGAAUAGGACUUGGGAGCAGUUGAGGAUGAAAAUGCCUGAGACCUAUGUUGUUCAUCUUGGAAAUAGCAAGGAACUUAUGGAAGCUGCUGAAGACAGUGUUGUGAAAAGAGUUUUGCGUGAGCAUGUCCGGGAAUCUCUUGGAGUACGAAAUGAAGAUUUACUUUUUGCCAUAAUAAAUAGUGUUUCACGUGGAAAGGGACAGGAUCUAUUUCUCCGUUCCUUCUAUGAGAGCCUGGAAUUGAUAAAAGGACAGAAGCUACAGGUGCCAUCAAUGCAUGCAGUGAUUGUAGGGAGUGACAUGAAUGCACAGACCAAGUUUGAGUCAGAAUUAAGGAACUUUGUAGCACAGAAGAAAAUUCAAGAUCGAGUUCAUUUUGUGAAUAAAACUUUGACAAUAGCCCCAUAUCUUGCUGCAAUCGAUGUUCUCGUUCAGAAUUCCCAGGGACGAGGCGAAUGUUUUGGGAGGAUAACUAUCGAAGCUAUGGCAUUUCAGUUACCAGUACUGGGAACAGCUGCUGGCGGCACCACAGAGAUUGUAGUGAAUGAAACAACUGGUUUGUUGCAUUCUGCUGGAAAAGAAGGGGUCACUCCUCUCGCUAAAAACAUUGUGAAGCUUGCAACUCAUGUUGAGAGGAGACUUACAAUGGGGAAGAGAGGGUAUGAGAAGGUCAAGGAAAUGUUUUUAGAAGAGCAUAUGGCAGAGAAAAUAGCUGCAGUACUGAAAGAAGUCUUACAGAAGUCUAGGAGACACUCACAUUAGAUGCAUAGCAAUUUGAAAGUCUUUUAACCAUCAUGCAGAGGCGCAGAGCUAAUUUCAAGCAAGAAAGAGUAGUGUUUUCAAAAAUUGUGUCCAAAAUUAUGUGGACUGGAGCGAGGCUUUCAUCUUCUGUUUAUGUUUACAUAAAGCGUUGUAAAUUAUGUACAUAUAAGUCCAUCUUGUUGGACUUUUUAAUAUAGAUUUGCCACUUUCGUUUA